AGCAUCGAAAGUGGCGAACGUCUGCGGCGAAACGUUCCUCCUCGCCUCGACGUCCCGAGGCUCUGCCGCGCGCACGGGAAUCCGCACGGUAAUUUAGUUUGCGGGCGUUUAAUGUGCGCGGAAAAUGCGACGAUAGUGAUAACGCAUCCUGUUCCAAGCCACGCUUGACGUGUACCGUCGACGUACCAUCGACGUACCGUGACGCGUUCGUGUACGUUCACGUGUCGACAUCGCGAACACGUCCAAACUGAACCGUUCGAUCGGUUCUUUUUCUCUCAAACGCGCCUCUCUUCCUCUACGAGAAAGACGGAGUUACUCUCGUUUCGACUUAUCGCGGACCUACUGAUGUACCGUUCCUCCCAGCAUCCCCGAAAGACACCCGGGAAAACGUUCGGCGUGCGACACCCUUAUAGCACGGCAUGACGGAACACGCGAGGUGUCAUCUUUGCCAAAGUUAAUGAGAGAAUGGCGAGGAAUAUACAUACUUUUUUCAAUAAUAAGUCAUUGACAUCGCCGGGAGUCACGUGGACACUACGAAGUCGGAAUAUGUGCCGGUCAGUCGACGCUGUUGGGUCUCAUUAAUCCAUCGGCGGAAACAUGCUAUCGGAAUGCGGCGGGCUGGUGCACUUCAAGAAGAGACUAAAGCCUUGCACGCAAAGGUCUCGAGAACUAAUUCGCGUUUUUGGAGGAUAAGAUGAGCAAAAGUGUGGAGUUACUCGCUGGAUCGGAGGACAGUGAGCCAACACCUACGAGUAACACUCGCGCUCAAGAGAGAUCCAGAUUAAACUUGAACGGGAGCCGUCUGCUCUCGAAAAGCGCCACGGAGCUCCGGGACAGCGAGAUCGCGAACAGCUCGCCGUCGAGGCGAGGCGAUGGAUCGGGCGAGUCCGGCAUCGUCCAUCAUCAUCGACAUCAUCGGCAUCACGGGGCAUCGGUGGCCCAACGCACUCACACUUUCUUCGCGACUCUAAAGAGUCGUUGGGCGCGCAGCAGGAGCAAGGAGCGGAAGAAGUCCAAGGAUGCCGGUAGUGCACAGGACGCGAGCCAACUCAAGAAUCCCAGUGCCGAGUCCGAUUACGCCGCCGAUUACUCCUCCGAGCACAGCAGAAGUUCCUCAGCCACACAGAGCCCGGCCAGGCACUGCCUCAAUCGCCCAGAAUCUCCAUUGGCACGCAGUAGCAGAGAAAAGACUGUGAUUGUGCAAGAGGAUAACGCCGGAAAAUGCAGCGAGGGAUUCUCCAAAGGAUCCGUGAGCUUUCAGAAGGAAGAGCAUAUAAGCGAGGAACCUCGACGUUCCUUCAGCCAAGAGGGCGAUUUUCUUCAGGACGAGAUGACACGAAAGAGAGAACAAGCGUUGAGGCAACAUGCCUUCUUCCAACUUCGUUUACACAUAAGAAGAGGCGCAAAUCUCGUUGCGAUGGACAGAGGCGGCGCGAGCGAUCCUUAUGUGAAAGUAAAAUGCUCAGGGCGAUUGCUGCACAAAUCGCGAACCGUUCAUCGCGAUCUAAAUCCAGUUUGGGACGAAAGCAUCACCUUGCCUAUAGAAGAUCCUUUUCAGCCACUUACUAUCAAGGUUUUCGAUUACGAUUGGGGCCUGCAGGAUGAUUUUAUGGGGGCUGCUUUGUUGGACCUCACGCAACUCGAUCUUGGACAUGCUCAAGAUAUAACAUUAGAACUUAAAGAUCCGGACAGACCAAAGCAACAUUUAGGCGAAAUUCACCUAACAGCUACACUUUGGCCGAGAAAUCAACAAGAAAAAGAACAGUACAUUCAAUCUGUGUCCGGUGUCAACACAUUCGAAACGAAGUCGAUGCCUCCACCUCGAAGAAGAGCGAUCGACAAAACAUGCAAAAUUGAUAAAGAGAGAACCCCGAUCGAAGCUGCAAUCGUCGCAUCCAAAAUGGACACCGCGCCCGAAAUAGACUUCUCGUCUGAACCAAAUAUCGCGGGUGAACUUAACACUGCAGUGCCCGAGAUCGAAGUUACGUCGGAAAAUGCCAAAGUUACGUCUGCGAACGACGUCGUGUCCGCGGAGAUAGCGGCCACGUCGCCGUCGGAGAAGAAUUCCGACGACGCGUCUAAAGUCGACACUGCAUCUGAAAUUCACGUAGUGUCUAAUACGGAUGUGGCAUCUAAUAAAAUGGAUGUGGUAUCUACCGAUAUAUCAUCCGAUAUUGCGGAUGUGGCAUCUAAUAAAGUAAAUACGGUAUUUACUGAAAAAUUAUCCGAUAUUGCCGUGCCUCUCAGAGGUUUGCCCCGGAAACCAGAUCGACGAGAAAGACGUCAUUCUAUCGAGGUAUUAGAUCGAUCUGUGUCAAAACAUAAAUUCGAGAGGAAUUUUGCUGAGGCGGAAAGCGACGCUGCCGUGAGCAACGCCGGUGUUUCGGCGUCGCAUGGCAAUUUUUGCGGAAAUAUUCGGCGCGAGGAGGAGAAUUCGCGAGAAUCGAGUUCUGUCGCAAGCGAAAAAUCCAAGAUUCAGCAAACGUUUGAAAUUGAAGAACUCCCGAAGGUGAAACGAAUCGAAGAACUAUUUGUUAAGACGAAUUCCGAAAUUACGGAGGAAGGAUCGAGUGCUGUCGACGUCGAGAAAUCGAAGCUCGAGGAAGCAUCGGCGAUGAUAGGAGUUUGGAAGACGCGAGUGCCUGAAGGACUGUCCACCGAAAGUUUCUCUGGCAUCAAGAAACGGAAAGCAAAGGGUUCAUUAGGAAGUUGUCUAAAGCGGAAGGUGGAUUUGAUAGAGAGAAUACUGGAAGAUCAGGUGGAGCGAAUUUGGGACGAGAACGUGGAGAAGCAUACGUGGCUGCAACCGAUCGAGACGUGGAUCACCGAUCACCGCAGGCCCUCGUCUAAUUACACGUUAAUGCACUCUCAAUCCGUUGACGCGACCGACAACGCGACGGAUGUCAAUCAGGAUGCCAUGCCGGAACCUACGUACGAUUUCAAGUUCACACCGGCGACGGGAGAGGACGAGGAACCGAAGAUCGAGAGCAGAUUGACGGAAGGUCGACGAGCCGCGAGAGCCGACGAGCCGAGGAUCGAGAACAAGAUAACUGAACAUUUGCGAAAAUUGCGAAAACGUGCUGUUUCUCCAAAAUCGGAUCGAUUUGAACCAGCAAGUUUGAACACGCAGCUAAACAAGCAAGAAUUUGUUUCCCCAUACGUGGAAAAUGGAGAGAAAAAUUCAAAUGUUUUAAGUGACGUCUUGGAAGUGAAGGAAGUCAAACGCCAUGAUCUUCUGGACAAGCUGAAAGGCAAUGUUAAAGAGAAGAUGGAGGACAUUCAUAGGUAUUUUCAGAGAACUAAUCGAUUGGCGGACGUGAAUAGACGAUUGAAAUCACAAAUAUGGAGUUCGGUGGUGACGAUUGUGCUCGUCGAGGCAAAGAAUUUGUUGCCGAUGGACAUAGACGGUUUGUCGGAUCCUUACGUGAAAUUUCGACUGGGCACGGAGAAAUACAAAUCGAAAGUCGUUAACAAAACAUUGAAUCCAAUUUGGUUGGAGCAGUUUGACCUCCAUCUCUAUGAGGACCCGUAUCUGGGACAAGAGUUGGAAGUGACGGUUUGGGAUAGAGAUAGGAGUCAUCAGGACGAUUUAAUGGGCAAGACGGUAAUCGAUCUGGCGACUCUUGAGCGAGAGACCACGCAUCGGCUAUGUCGCGAACUCGAGGAUGGUUCGGGCACUAUCUUUUUACUUUUGACGAUAAGCGGCACCACAGCCAGCGAGACAAUCAGCGAUUUGGCCGCGCACGAAGAAACGCCGAUAGAACACACACAAUUGGUUCAACGAUAUUCCGUUAUGAACACUUUGCAGAGGAUACGCGACGUAGGUCACUUGACGGUGAAGGUAUACCGUGCACAGGGUCUUGCAGCUGCUGAUCUCGGUGGCAAAAGCGAUCCUUUUUGCGUUCUGGAACUCGUGAAUUCCAGAUUACAAACGCAAACGGAAUAUAAGACUCUCACGCCGAAUUGGCAGAAAAUUUUCACUUUCAAUGUAAAGGAUAUCAAUUCCGUCCUGGAAGUGACGGUGUACGACGAGGAUCGAGAUCACAAGGUGGAGUUCCUUGGGAAGAUAGCGAUACCGUUGCUAAAAAUUCGUAACGGCGAGAAACGAUGGUACGCGUUGAAGGACAAGAAACUGAGGGGCCGCGCGAAAGGCAAUUGCCCCCAGAUUCUUUUGGAAAUGACCGUCAUAUGGAAUAUAUUCAGAGCGUGCGUACGAACGCUUAAUCCAAAAGAAAAGAAGUACAUGGAGCCGGAAAUGAAAUUCAAAAGACAAGUCUUUCUGCGAAAUGUUCUCAGACUCAAAGCUAUCAUCGUAAUAUUCAUCGACAUAGGAAAAUACAUACAGAGCUGCUGGGAAUGGGAAAACAAGAUGAGAAGCGUCUUCGCUCUGGUCAUUUUUAUUCUUGGAUGUUACUACUUCGAGCCAUAUAUGAUACCGGGUGUGGCGUUAUUGAUUCUCCUGAAGUAUUAUCUGCUUAGCGGCGAGAGGAGCGGGUUCAAUCAUUGGAUUUGCGGGCAGGUCGCUGUGGUGACGGGCGCACCUUUGAUUUACGCAACUUCGCAGUUUCAAGAUCACGCCGAGAUCGGGUCCGACGAUCCACCGACCCCGGGGGACGACGACGAUGACGAGGACGACAAGGAUAAAGAGGAAAAGAAAAGUUUGAAGGAACGUUUACAGGCGAUUCAAGAGGUGACGCAAACAGUCCAGAACUCGAUUGGUUACAUAGCUAGUCUUUGCGAGAGGGUGAAGAAUCUCUUCAACUUCACGAUCCCCUAUUUAAGCUAUCUGGCGAUGCUUCUGGCGAUCGCCGCGGCGGUCGUGCUCUAUUUUAUUCCUGUUCGGUAUUUAAUCCUCGGCUGGGGAGUCAAUAAGUUCUCUAGGAAAAUCCUCAGGCCUCACUCCGUGCCCAACAACGAGCUCCUCGAUCUUAUAUCCAGAGUGCCUGACAACGAAGAAUUACUUAAUUAUAGGUGA